CAAUAAUAAAACAUACACAAAACACACACAAAAGAAAAAAAAAAAUGGAGUUCCCAAUCAUCAACUUGGAGAAGCUUAAUGGUGAAGAGCGACCGACCAUCUUAGCCAAAAUCAAAGAUGCUUGUGAAAACUGGGGUUUCUUUGAGGUACUAAACCAUGGAAUAGAGCCAGAAUUUCUAGACAAAGUAGAGAAAUUAACAAAAGAACAUUACAAGAAAUGUAUGGAAGAGAGAUUCAAAGAACACAUAGCCAGCAAAGGACUAAACGACGUCGUAACAGAAGUCAAAGAUGUUGACUGGGAAAGCACUUUCUUCCUCCGUCAUCUCCCGGUCUCCAACAUCGCCGAUCUCCCAGAACUAUCCGACGAUUACAAAUCCGUAAUGAAACAAUUCGCCUCAAAAUUAGAAACACUGGCGGAACUCCUCCUGGAUUUACUCUGCGAAAAUCUCAACCUUCCAAAAUCAUAUCUGAAAAACGCUUUCCACGGAUCCAACGGCCCAACUUUCGGCACAAAAGUCAGCAAUUACCCACCUUGUCCAAACCCAGAUCUAAUAAAAGGCCUCCGAGCACACACCGACGCGGGGGGGAUAAUCCUUCUGUUUCAAGACGACAAAGUGAGUGGUUUACAACUGUUGAAGGACGGGGAGUGGGUGGACGUGCCUCCGGUACGGCACUCGAUGGUGGUGAAUAUCGGGGAUCAACUGGAAGUGAUUACAAACGGGAAAUAUAAAAGUGUUUUGCACAGAGUAAUUGCGCAGCCGGAAGGGGAAGGGAGAAUGUCGUUGGCGUCGUUUUACAAUCCGGGAAGUGACGCGGUGAUAUUUCCGGCGCCGAGUCUGGUGGCGGAGGAGAAAAAUGAAAUAUACCCAAAAUUUGUAUUCGAGGAUUAUAUGAAGCUUUAUGCAGGGCUGAAGUUUGAAGCGAAGGAGCCGAGGUUUGAAGCGAUGAAGGGUAAUAACGUAAAAUUGGACCCAAUUGCAACGGUUUGAAUUUUCCUUUAUUAUUAAUAUUAAUCAUUGUUAUUCCAUUCCAGGGCAUUUUUAUUUUUAUUUUUAUUUUUAUUUUUAUUUUUGUAUGUGUGUGUGUUAUGAGUUAUGAGUUAUGAGUUAUGAGUUAUGAGUUAUGAGUUAUGAGUUAUGAGUUAUGAUGAUUGUUGUGUGUGUAUUUUAAAAUAUUAUUGUGAUGUUUUUAUUAAUUAUGAAAUGAGGGAUUGAUAUGUAAUGUAAAUUGGUUAUCAUAUACCCAAUUUAACUUUAA